AUGCUGACCGGAAGAGAAAGCUUAAUCAGAUUGGUCGGCAAACGCCGGAGAUUCCUCCCCCACCGUCAAUCUCUUCUCUCCACUCCUAUCCAGGGAUCACUAAAUCUGUUGAAAAAAAAUGGGAAUGGUGGAUCUGACCUGGCCGUCGGUGAUGGAGAAUCAAAAGAGGAUCGAGGCAAAACUGGGAUCGAGGUAUCUGGUUCUGAAUGGGUUUCUUGUCCUGUUUGUGGGAAGAAGGUUCGGGGUGAAGAUUACGUGAUCAAUUCUCAUUUGGAUGCAUGCCUGGCUAGGGGGACUAAGCGCAAAUUCAGCCAGCGGACCCUUUUUCAGCUAAACUUCUGCUCAAGAUCAAAAGUUAAGAUUCAUGCUAUCGAGUUGGAUGAUGCAAGCACUACUGUCAGUCAAAGUGGUCCGAACAACGGUAGUCUCUGUGUUACAAAUCGUAAAUCAGAUGAUGUACGAGGCUUUGAAGCAUACACCAACAAUCGAUGUGAAGUGCCCUUAAAUUCAGAAGUUAUGCAAACAUACAGAAUUGGUUCAACAGAAAACCCUGUCACUGAUGACAGAAUCAACUACCGGGUUGACUUGGCUUCACUGCUCCCUGAAAAUGAGAUGUCUACAUAUGAUAUAGAUAAAAAUGUAGAUGACAUAUCUGGGCUAUUUCUUGAAACUUUCAUUGUUGGCCGUAGGUUUGGUGAUGAAGUGGAGUUAACUACAGGGGCAAGCGUGCUUCUCUUGAGAGAUCCUGAUAAUGUCAAGGAUCCAAAUGCUGUCAAGGUUCUUUCUGCAGAUUGUGGAUGCAGCAAAAUGCUUGGUUUUCUACCCCGGGAGUUAGCUCAGUUUCUAUCUCCUUUGAUGGAUAAGUUCUGCUUGACCUUUGAGGGCUCAAUCACUUCUGUUCCAAAACAUGCUUCAGCUGUGGUUCCAAUUCAGAUUGUGUGUCAAGAUAAGCUACGCUGUGGUGAAAGAGAUUGUGACAAUCUUCAUGCACUCGAGCGCUUAUGGAAACAUGCUCUAUGUGUGGCUGAAUCAGCUAAGAAUCAUCCACCUAGCGUUCCAAAAUAUCAGCAGAACUUCAUAGUGUUAAUACAAGAAGUUUUAAGGAGUGAUCCUCAUCUUUUCACAGAUGAUGAAAAAAAUUUCUUGGGAACUUUCACCUCACUUUUAGAGGAUAGUCAGAGGCUUUUUGUGCGGCUUUAUUCCCGGAAAGGGCCAUGGUUUCGGAGGUCUAAUAUUUCCUACCCCGAAGUAUUGGAUUGCGAACAAGCUAUUAAGGACCUCUCUGCGGCAGGCUAUAUUUCUUCCAUUGAAUCCAUAAAAGAACUACAAAAGAAUGAGUUAAAGGAGGUUCUGAAUGUACUUACCGUUAGUGAACUACGUGAAAUUUUGUGUAUGCUUAAUGAGAAAUGUAGUCGUGGUACGAGAAAGCAAGAUUUUAUUGGUUCGCUUCUUUCAGCUUAUGACAAGGGAUUAUGCCCGCUUCUCCAAAGUAUAGUUUUGAAGAAAACUGGAGCCUGUGUUCAAACGUCUGUAAUGGCCGAGUCCCUUAUUUGGCGUGCUGAGAGGCUUUUCUUUCUGAACGGAGAGCAGGAUCUUUCAGCAUUUUUGCUUGUGGACUUGGGAAUUGUCAAGUAUCCUACUUACAACUGUAUAACCUUAGACCAUAUAUUUUCAGGUCAAAGUGACCUGCUUUCGUAUGAAGAGUCCAUUGAAGUGGCACAAAUUAUGGAUGAUCUCUUGAUGAAAACAACUCUGAGUUGGCAUUAA